GGAGCAGCAAGAACAGCAGGAGCAACAGGAAGAGCAGGAGCAGCCGGUGCCAGCACCCGCUGCCUUUGGAAAUGAUAACGAAACAGUGGCUGAGCAGGUAACUGUGAAUGUGGAGGAGGCUAAGGAGCAGCAGGCCAAGGAGGAACCAGAGAACAAUUAUGACAGCUUGAUGAGCCUGCCGGCGCCGCCCUCAACCGAGGAGAUUAAGGAGUUCAAUGAUUUUACACUGAUGGAAUCGAAUCAAUUGGAUUCAUUGCCGCCACCACCGCCACCGCUCAGCGAGCCAGCCAUUGGGAAUGGACACCAGCACGACGAGGACGCGGAGCAGGAGGAGCAAGAAGAGCAAGAGGAGCAGCAACAGAAGGAGCUACAGGAGCAGGAGCCGAAGCAGCAGCUGAAGCUAGCCAAUGGCAAAAUUUGCGCACCACCAAACACCGCUGAGCACACCAAUGGAACUGGCACCGGACAGGAGCAGCCAUCGACAUUGACGCCGCCAGCCUCGCCCCCCGCCUCCCCCAGCGCUGCGACAUUGUGCGCUGGGAGCCUCGCGAAUGGCAUACACGCGGUGCCGCAGCCCAUGGUCGUCGAUGUGAAUGGCAGUUAAGAACAAGAAGAAGAAGGAGCGGUCAAAAAUAUAAUGAAGAAGAGGAAGCAGUGGAAGAAGGUAUGCUAUGCAAGAGUACUCAAUAUAUACUAAUAUCUAAGCUAUUUAGAAACUCGAUCAACGUGGUGUUGUUAUACUUUUUUUUUUGCAAGCGGUGGGUGAGUCUCCUCCAGCCACCCACACACACACACACACACACACAUACUACACACGUGUGUGUCGAAUGGUUAGGCUAGACUAAGCGUUAGGCAGCAUAAAAUAAUCCAAAAGCAAAAAAAAAAACUAAA